AUGGACUUCAAUAAACAGGCGAAUAGGUACUGGGGUACUUUCGAGCAUGUAUCCGUAGCUGGCCGCUUCAAGGAACGUGAGGUACUUUGCACGGCAGUCUCUGGAGGGGGGGAGGAUGAUGGGGAGGAGAAGGAUGGGGAAAGAAGGGUCAAGCUGGACUCUGGAGCAAAAGGCAAGAGAAGGGAAGGGUGCGCACGUCAACUGUCAGGGAGGGAAGGCGCGCCCACACCCUUUCCCUUCUCAUCGCGCCUUCCCCCUCUCUUGCCUCUCUCCUCUUUUGUGCCCUUCGCUUGGUGGGCGGGUGCCCGGUGUGCCCAGUACCAGGCCAAUGCCGCCAGUUACCACCCACCAUUCAGCGUGCAGCAGCAAGCCCAGGCACAGGCGAGGAAGCGACGGGAGGGAAAGCGAAAAGGAGGAGAGCCCGUCCACGGUGACCCCCCUUCCUUCCUCAGUUCUCCCAGUCUCUCACUCAGUCUCGCACACGGUACGAAGUACCACCCCCAGUCCACUCGCCCAGUCGCCAGUCGCAGUCAGUCCUGGCCCCGUCCCAGACUUCCCAGCAAAAACAAUAAAAAGGCUGCUUGGCCCUCCCCCCAUACAUUUCCCUCCCUCUUCUUCUCCCAUACAAAUCUCCCACCCAAAUCCUCCUCUCUUACAAUCCGCACUCUCACAAUACCACACUUUACUGCCUUCGCACUCAACCCCAUCACCACAUCAACACCUCUCUUUCCACCUCUCAAAAACCUCCUCAGGUAUGCUUUACGAUCCCUCUUGGACGACUUUGAGCUUCAAAUUGCAAUUACCUCGCGUUACCGAGCGCAAUUGCACUUGCGACUCAACCACCCACACACCCUGGUUCUCGCUGCACCGCGGUCCUCUUGCACUAUGGCUUUCCGGCAUAACGGCGCGGCGGCUUUGCCGUCGGUCGUCAUGUCGCGCCGAUUCCAUCACAUCCUUCACCCUUGGCUCUUCGUCAUACCAUCACAUUCAUCUCGACAUUAA